UUUUCCAUAAUCUUCCCCAAGGACACAACCAGAACUCCCUGCCCACAAUAGUUAAUGAAAUUAGAACCCCAUUUCCUUGAUAACCUGAAGUUGUGAGUAUCCCUUGAGCUUGCAGGCUGGGGCAUGGAGGAACUUUGCUAUAACUUUGAGCAGGGAGACCCCACUCCGGAAUCUCUCCUCUGGGAGCCAGCAGAUCCCGACACACAUUUGGAGAACUUCCUCCUGGAGUGCCUGGCAGAGCCCUCCUGGCCAGGGCCAGGCAGUGCUGAGCCGGACAAGGGCCCAGCUGGGCGGCCCCGGCAGCGCCGCGCCGCCAACCUCCGCGAGCGGAGGAGGAUGCUCAGCAUCAACUCGGCCUUCGAUGAGCUGCGCAGCCACGUGCCCACAUUCCCCUACGAGAAACGCCUCUCCAAGAUCGACACGCUGCGCUUGGCCACCGCCUACAUCGCCCUGCUCAGGGACAUCCUCCUGUCCGGCCGCCACCCCAGAGCCUACGUGGAGCAGUGCCUGAGGAGUGGCUCCCAAAGCGCCCAGCGGGCUGCUUGGAACACCAGUGAUCUGACAGCCCGCCUGUCCUGGGUAAAGUGGGAUUAAGGAAAACCUGGAUUGCUGGGUAACCAGCUGCUCAAUUCCCAGCACCGCAAAUGAGAACGCGGCGCUAAGGACCUCAUUCAUUGUCCCAGAGCGCUUUCUCACUACAUUUCCAGCACCCAGCCCUUUUCUCUGUUCAUUCAUCGCUCUUUAGGGCCCUUCUGCUUUUCUUUCUCACUGCUGAUAGAGCUGCACUCACUUAAAAACAGCAUGACACUAAAAACCAGUGCCAGCAGAACCACAGCCCCGAUGUUUUCUCUUCCACUGGGUGAGGAUUGUGUCCAAAUCCCAUUUCCAGCACAUGAGAAACAAGAUCAUAAGAAAAAAUCUAAGCAACACCUGUGAAAGUCUAGUGCUUGGCUUAAAAUACCUGGGGUGAUUUGUUAUGAAAGUCACCAGUGAUUCAAAGACCAUGAAAAUCUGAGAGGUGAGACAUGGCUCUGUAGAUAUCCAAAAUUCCUCAUGUCUUCACAGAAUCCCAGAUAGAUUUGAGUUGGAAGGGACCUUAAAGCUCAUUCAUUCCCACCCCUGCCAUGAGCAGGGA